UCUAUACUCCAGAGAUGAUGGAUAAUGAUGCAACUCCAGUUGCCUGAUUAACUGUCAUUCGCAGGUCUUCGGUUUGUUUGUGUUUUGUUUAUCAAUAAAUUGCGCCGUCUUGGAUGCGAAAUCUUCGGGGCCGACGCGUUUUCUCAAGGACGUUGUUUUCGAGGAAGGUGUGCAGGUGAUAUGUCCGUCGAAUCGCACGCCGCUUAAAUAUGACCGUGGCAUUCCGAAAUAUGUGAAGAAGAAGCAAAAAAAAGAAAAGAUCGCGUUAUCAAAAUGAUGUCCGAUGACUCUGAAAACGACGGGGCCUACGUGGAGAGCAACCACGAGAAUAACGUGUACUACAAGAAGUACAAACUGCUGCUCGCUGAAUGCGAGAACAUCCAGAAGAGUAACGAGAGACUAGUGUACAGGAUAGAGGAGGUCAAGAAGAUCAGUCAGAGGAGGUUCGAGCAGGUCAAGUACAUGAAGGAUAAACUGAUGAGCAAAUAUGGGGAGGAUUGGACGGAGAUUCCGGAGAAGAAAAUCAAAUUGGAGGAUGAGGAGGCGACGAGUCUGAGCGAGACGACCAAUCACUUUGCGACUGUCAAAGAGGAAUCCGCCCAUUCGGUUAAGGAGGAGGCGGCGACGACGGUUGUGGAGGAGAGGUCGCAACAACUGCCGCCAAAGCCACCACCACCACCUCCACAGCAGAGUGUAGCCGCAGCGAAACCUGUAAAGAAGAAACGGAAAAGCAAUAAGAGCGAGAAGGAUCCGAACGCUCCGAAGAGACCGUCGAAUCCGUUCUUCCAGUUCUGUCAGGAUCAGAGGCAGGUGCUUUUGGGACAGAUCAUGGCGGAACUGAAACCGGGUGAGGUCGAACCGACCAAGCAGGAACUGACGAGGCAGUUGGCCAUCAAAUGGAGGAGUCUUUCAACAGCUGAUAAACAGAUCUACGUGGACAUGUACGAGCGAUCCAAGGAAAAGUACGCGGUUGAAAUGUCCGAGUACAAUAUGAAGAAGUGAUUUUCUUCUUUUUUUUUGAGUGUAAAUAAUAUGUGUAUAAAAGAAUUCCCGCCCUCUCUAAA